CGAAACAGACAGACAGGUCAUAUAUUAGUUUUCAAGAUGACUUCAGCUGAGGAUGAGGAACAAGAAAUAUCGUACGAGUUACAAAAUGUAACGAUGAAGAUGCAGCAGCUUGUGGAGCGUAAAAAGGUGUUGUGUAUCAUGAAAGAGCUUACAAGCAGAGUCAACUGUGAACCCACAGCUGAAAUAGACGAUGCAAAUGAGGAAGAAUUAAACAACAUUGAAAAUAAACUAAACCAACUGGAGAGGUUAAGAGUUGAACUUGAAAAGAGACAAGACACACUCAAUGAUCAAAGACAAAAGCCUAAAAAAGUAAGCUUCAGUGAAGAAUCAGAAAUAUUGCCAAACUCAAGUGAUGAAAGCUCAACACCACAGAUUUUCUUUGUGGAACAGCCUCCUAAUUAUCCAGCCCCUACAGUUUCAUUAGAUUACAACAAUUUUCAGUUUAAACCAACCAAAACGCAAUGUCCAGGAUGCUCGGAGUUUGUUACCACCCAGACAACCACGAUUGUGAGCAGUGUUACGUGGCUAUCGUGCAUUAUGACAGCCAUGAUGGGGUGUGUUGCUGGUUGUUGUUUAAUUCCCUUCUGUGUGGACAGCUUCAAAAGUACAGUACACAAAUGUCCCAAGUGUAACACGCUCAUCACCACUGCCAAGAAACUUUAAAUAUGAUGUGCAUGCCAAGACUUAACCAAGUAUUUUUCAUUUAGCUUUUUGAUAAUUAUUUUUUACUAUGCAACUGCUUAAAGGUGCACUGCGUAACUUUUCUCACUGAGGGUCUGCCACCUGCCUGUCUCCACGGAAUGUUCCACAAUAUAGAUUAAACCUAUACCACGAGGGAGACAAGGAGGUUCCAUUACAAUUCAGAUCCAUGGAGCGUCGCACCUAUUGCAUUUUUGAGCAAUAGAAACACCCGUAAUGAAUAAA